GUCACCGAACCGGCGCUGCCCGCGCCCGCCGCGACACCGCCCCGCCGAUCGCUCGGCCUUCCCGCGGGGCUGCGGCGCCUCGCUCGCGGGGGAUUCACCCCUGAGUCAGCAAAGUCGCGCCCGCCGGGUCUUUCGGCACCGCCCGCGGGGACCGUGUGAGGGUCGGGGAUGCGGCUCCUGGGCGGAGGCGCCGGGCGCGCGUGAGCCGCGCGGCUCUGCAGGGCACGGCCGAGGCCGCGGUGUCCUCGCUGUGACACGGCCGCGAUGCCCGACGGGCGCGCCGGGCGCUGCCCCGCGCCGGCCCGGGGACAGCGCUGAGCCGGCCAGAGCCUCACGCCCAGCAAGAGCCCCCGUUCCCCGAGGACCCCCCGUUCGCCUCACGGCCGAUGAGACACCCCCCGCGCCUCUGCGGCUCCCCGCGCGCGGCGGGCGCGGCCUCUCCUGACUGACAGCCGCCGCACGCGCCCUGCCCGCUUCCCGUGGUGCGCGGUGACGUCGUGCGUAACGUGGCCACGCCCCUCCCGCCCCGCCGCCGCUCCCGGUCCCGUCCCCGCCGCUCUCGCCGCUCCCUCCGGGACCCGGCGGCGCUUCCCGGCGAUGUGACCCCUUCCCGGCAAUACCAGCGAUCAUGGCUGAGCCUUCUGUUGAGUCUUCAAGUCCAGGAGGAUCAGCAGCCUCUGAUGACCAUGAGUUCGACCCCUCGGCUGACAUGCUGGUGCACGACUUCGACGACGAGCGCACACUAGAGGAGGAGGAGAUGAUGGAAGGGGAGACAAACUUCAGGUCUGAAAUCGAGGAUCUUACCAGGGAGAGUGACAUGCCCAUCCAGGAGCUGCUGAGCCGCUACGGCUACGAUGGCACCGUGCCCCUGCAGGAGGAGGAGGAGGAGGAGGAGGAAGAAGAGGAGGAGGAGGAGGGAGAAGAUGAUGAUGAUGUCGAUAAUGAUGACAACAGCGGCUGCAGUGGGGAAAACAAGGAGGAGACCAUCAAGGACUCCUCAGGGCAGGAAGAUGAGACCCAGUCCUCCAACGAUGACCCAGCCCCAUCUGUGGCUUCCCAAGACCCCCAGGAGAUCAUUCGCCCUCGGCGCUGUAAAUAUUUUGAUACCAAUAGUGAAAUAGAGGAGGAAUCUGAAGAAGAUGAAGAUUAUAUUCCCUCAGAAGACUGGAAAAAGGAAAUCAUGGUGGGCUCUAUGUUCCAAGCUGAAAUUCCAGCUGGCACCUGCAAAUACAAAGAGAAUGAAAAAGUGUAUGAAAAUGAUGACCAGCUGCUCUGGAAUCCUGACUUUCUACCAGAGGAUAAAGUCAUAGAAUUCCUCAACGAGGCCUCGAGGCGCACGGGAGAGGAGAAGGGCCUGGAUGCAAUUCCUGAGGGCUCCCACAUUAAAGACAAUGAGCAGGCCCUCUAUGAGCUGGUGAAGUGCAAUUUUGACACGGAGGAGUCCUUACGGAGGCUGAGGUUUAAUGUCAAAGCAGCCAGAGAAGAAUUGUCUGUUUGGACAGAAGAGGAAUGCAGGAACUUUGAGCAAGGGCUGAAAGUCUAUGGCAAGGAUUUCCACGUGAUUCAGGCAAAUAAGGUGCGGACCCGCUCGGUGGGGGAGUGUGUGGCUUUUUAUUACAUGUGGAAGAAGUCAGAACGUUACGAUUUCUUCGCUCAGCAGACCCGCUUUGGGAAGAAAAAAUACAACCUGCACCCUGGGGUCACGGAUUACAUGGACCGCCUCCUGGACGAGAGCGAGAGCGCCGCCUCCAGCCGGGCCCCGUCGCCGCCGCCCACGGCCUCCAACAGCAGCACCAGCCAGUCCGAGAGGGACGAGUGCGCCUCCGGCAGCGCCCCCAACGGUGUCUCUGCCAACGGCCCCGGGGAGGUGCCAGGGAAGGAGGAGGCGAAGCUGGAGGGGCUGCACGUCAAUGGACCUUGCAGUGGGAAGAAAACCCCUCACCCAGAGCUGGACACAAACGGCUACGAACCCGAAAACCUCCCCAGUGACCCCAAACUGGCUCACUCAGCCCCCAGGAACGAGCCUGAGCUGGAAGAAAAGAGCGAGAGACCUCUGAAAAGAAGAAGAAUUAACAGCAAUGGGAAGGAGAGCCCGGGUGCUUCAGAGUUCUUCCAGGAAACCAACUCCCACGGGAAGCUGGAGGAGCUGGAAACUUUGGAAGACUGAGUGCUGGGAGCUGAUUUUAUUCCUUGGAGUAAAUUGUGGGUGUCUAAAAUUUUCAGGGUUGAUGGGUUACCUUCCAAAGUCCAGUUCCAUAAACAAUCUGAGAUUUUUUUUUUUUGUUUCCUGAGACCUUCUAGUUGGCUCUAAAGAUCCGAUGAUUUGGUUUUCUUCAGUGCUGAAAAGCAGCAGGAGAAUAUUGAAUUUCUCAGAGCUGGCAGCUGCAGUUCUGGGAUAAAAGGCUCUUAAAUAUUUAAGGAACAAAGCAGUGAGUUGCUGCAAAAAUAUUCCCAGCCUAAUACAUUAAAGAAUGUGUUAAUACAGCAUUUAAUGUAUAAAACAGCAUUUAAUCAGUCUACAAGUGAACAAAGCAUUUGGGGCUUUGCAGGAAGUUAAAAUAAAACAGGAAAAGCCAAGACAGAGCAGGCACAGAGACUUCCACUCCUGCUGGAGAGAGGAAAAUGUCAUCCCAUCAUUAAGGAACCCUCAUGAAUCCUGAAAGUUAUGAGCACAACUAUUUUUAUAUAUAGAAGUUUUAAAAGGUAAAUAAAUAAACCAGGUCAGGUUUGUCUAUGUAAAAUUGUUGACAUCAAUGAUGUCUUUCCAUAUUCUUUAUCUGGGCUAAAGAAAUACAUUCUGUAUUUUUCCAGAUUUCUUUGUAGCCUUUGAAAGAUUUUUACAGUACUUAUGUCUUGAUUGAACUGUCCUUUCUUAAAACAAAAGCUUGUAUAAUUUUCUUACCUUGUACAGUUGGUAAACUUUUAUGAGAGAGUUGAUACCCUGAGUCUAAUGUCAGCUUCCUUUUAUUUUGCUGAAGUCUUUUCUAAAAAAAAAAACCAACAAAAAAAAAAAAAACCAAACCAAACCAAACCAAACCAAUGGAGUUAAAAAUUAAUCACCAACGUGUUAAUUUUCUUCCCAGAAACUGGUAAAUAAUUAACAUAAGAAUGGUUAGAAGGCAUUUGAUUUUGGAAACGUGUUUUUUUUUUUUUUUUUUAUGGCAAAUAAUGAUGUUUCAAUUUUUGUUAAGCAUGCUGCUUGCAUUGCACACAUUUCCUUGCUUUCUUUCUCCCUGUGUUUGGAACUCAGAGACAUCUCCCAGCAGCCAAAUUCUCGAGUUUACUGAACCUUCUGCAGGUUCAGCUGCUCCAUCAUCCCCUGGUUUGUGCCCAGCCCGUGCCCUGCCAGGUUCCAGGGAGCACAGCAGGGCUGCAGUGAGGCUGGACUGGCUGGAAAUGCAGCUGGAGCUGGAUGCAAUUCCUGAGCAGCACAGGGGGGCUGCACUGGGAGCACCAGAUGAUCUCCAAGGUCUUUUCCAACCUAGGAAAUCCUGUGAUUCUCUAUUGGUGCACACGCUUGCCUGGAGAAGGGAGAGCAGGAAUUUCACAUUGAGCUGGGGAGAACUAAUUCCAGCGUGAGAACCAAAAAUCCCUCAUGAGUAAAUGGCAGUAGGGUGGUGCUCACCCUGCCAGCAGCACCACUGAGAAGUUGUGGGUGUAGGAUUUACAUCCAGCAAUCAGGAACGUUUGAUAUCCCAAUACACUUUGGUUUUGUUUGGUUGUUUUCUUCAGCCCAGCUCCACUUCUGCUCUGUUCAAAUCCGGGAUGUUUGUUCAGUUGUACCAUUGCUGACCCCGUCUCCUCCUCCUCCUCCUCACAGGUGUGUUGUUCAUCCUUCACUGGUUAUUUUCUCUGCAGGGUUAUGCUCUUUAUGGUUCCAGUUGAACUGAAUGGUUUGAAAUGGAUGUUUCAACCCAAAGCCCAGUGCUGAGGGCUGGGGCUGAUUUGGUUUCUUCUCCACUGAACUUCCCUUGGACUUUGUGAUCAGGAAUGAGCCAAGCCUCGGGAUGAGGACGGGCUGUGGAUGCAGAACCCUGGGGAAUGAUCGGCUCUGCCUGCCAGCCCUGCUCCUGGAGAGCCUCUGGGUGAGGUUCAUUAAUUAAAGCCUGUGUUAAUUAAGGAAUGCAGUGAUUAAUGCCUGAGGCAGAGGUUGCUGUUAACUCUCCCCUCUGGUCAUGAGCAGAACCUCAAGGACGGUUGCACACAAGCAGAAUCCUAUUUUCAGUUUUAUUUUGAUGCUCUUUGUUUUCGGUUGCAAGUUGGAAAUUCUUCCCAAAAAUCCAUAGGAAAGUUUCCAAAUGAAUUGUCUCAGGCUCGUGUGUGAAAUCCAGCACUGUGUAUAUUUUCAUGAAUGUUGCUUUGUUUUUUAUCUUUCCUUAUUUUUAUUUUUUUUGGUGAUACUUAGAAGAGACCUGACAUUCCAUAAUCCACUAUGUAAUGCUCAGCUAGACUUUAAGAAUAUUUAAUUCUAAUUUACCUUUUGUUUAUGCUGGUGUUUUAUACAAUACUUUGUUCAUGUUUCAAACUGCAGCCACUGUAACUCGAUAAGUCAUUGCACUACUAAAGCUAUUGAAAAUCCUGGAAAUCUGCUAACUUUGCUUUCAUUUUCCAAGCCUUCUGUACAGUUGGGAAUCCAGUCCAACAGGAAAUCCUUGGGCUUCCCAAAGGGUUCAAUGUGCUAUGAAUUCCCACCCCACACACACAAACCCCACAGAUUAGUUGGAUACAUUUUUUCCACACAGUAUUUUGCACUGUCGGUAAUUCCCUCCUCUUACUCCCCUUCCCCGUCUGCAAUUCUGGAAAAGCUUAUUAAAAUAUUUUUAAACUUA